AACGUUGAUGAAGAAACUUCUGAUUAUGCGGUAGAAAAUAUCAAACGAUUGGAUUUAGCUGCCAUUACGACCAUGGCGAGUGGAUACGAUAGGCGCGGACAUGGUUCGCGCGGACGAAGGAGAGGGGGUAGUGGACGAGGCGGUCGUGGACGAGGCGGUCGGGGACGACCGUUUAACGGAGGAGGCCGAUCAGGUGGUAACGUCGUGUUUGGAUUUAACGCGUUAAACAAGUUGCGUGAAGCCGAUCCGGAUGACAUCGUUUUAGAUUUAGCUUCGGAACGAUGUCUCCCGGCGUUUCGAACCCUUGUAAACAACCCGGACAUGACAGACGAUAUGACUGAACUGGUUGUUAAUGUGCUCGCCAGAGCUUGCGAUAGCAACAGUCCGGAGUAUUGUAAUAAACUUCUUGUCGAGCUGCAUAAAUCUUUAUUUGUUAUGCUCACCUUAAAACGCCACAUAACAAAAUUAGGUUUACGAGGAGACCCAAACGCCAGUUCUCAGUUGUUCAUUGAAAACACAGUCAGACUAUUCACGGAAGUUCUCAAACGAAUACCAAGCUCGUGUGACUACCUUCCGUUGGCAGACCUGGAGCUAGCCGUUGUUAAGUUGAGCAAGACGGGUCAAAUUGGCGCCGAUGUCAUUCAGAAUGUCGAACAAUUUAACGCCAUCAAACAAGAAUCCCUCGAAAAAGAGAUACGCAAAAGAGAGCUGGAAGAGCAAAGACAAAAACGAAGUCGGCAGCCAGGCGUCGAGGCUGUAGGUCCACCGCCUGAGGAUUUCCGAGAAUUGACAAUCAUCCCCGAACACGAUGACAUUUUCACCGAAAGGGCACCGUAUCUUAGAAAGAAUAUAGUCCAAGGAGGCUAUCAAGACAUGAACCAUUAUUUGGACGUUCAAUUUCGGCUGCUGCGAGAAGAUUUCCUUCGUCCUUUGAGGGAAGGCAUUCUGAAUCUUGUCAAUCAAGGAAUCGACCAGAGAAAGGGCUUGUUCAAGGAUAUUCGGAUGUACAGAGAUAUUAAAAUUCUAUAUCCUGUGUGUUCAAACAAAGGGCUACUGCAUCAGAUUCAAUUCGAUACUUCAAGGUUGAAACGCGUGAAAUGGGAGCACAGCAAAAGAUUAAUCUUUGGCUCUCUUCUCUGUCUGUCCAAGGACAAUUUCCAGACACUCAUUUUUGCGACCGUCGCCGAUAGGGACCCCAAGGAACUUGUAUCCGGUAGAAUUACGGUGCAGUUCAUGGACAUAACGAUUGAUUUACAAGAUUUUUCGCGCAAAAAUGUGUACCAGAUGGUCGAAACAACCGCAUAUUUUGAAGCCUAUAGUCCCAUCUUAGAAGGAUUGAAACAAACAGAGGACAGCGAUUUGCCAUUUCAGAGAUAUCUGAUUGAUUGCAACAAAGAAAUAGAAGCUCCACGAUACAUCAGAAGUAAUCGCUUCAGUGGAAAUACACCAAGUUAUGAUUUUUCUUCGAUUUUAAUGGACGAUGCUUCAUCUGCUGUUUCAAGAUUAGAAAAGCGAUUUCAAGCUCUUGGUCUAUUCGCAAGCAGUACUCACCAGGGGCAAAGAGAUUCCAAAUUUCAAGAUGUCCCAGUUCUUGAUCUACAUCGUUGGCCGAGUAUGCAGCAGUUGGGCCUCGACGAGUCUCAGUACGAAGCACUGAAAAUUGCUUUGACAAAAGAAGUAGCUGUUAUUCAAGGACCACCUGGAACAGGGAAAACAUAUCUCGGUCUAAAGAUAGCAAAACUGCUGCUUAACAACACUGAAACCUGGAUUCACGGCGAACAAACGUUGGUUGGAAGAAAGCGUCAAGUUAGUCGGACACCGAUACUUGUCAUAUGUCUAACGAAUCACGCGCUUGAUCAGUUCUUGGAAGGUAUCUACGACUUCUACGGCAAAAACGAAGACAAAAUUGUUCGUAUCGGUGGACGCAGCAAAAGCGAGAAGCUCAAAGAUUGUAUGUUGAAAGCCAUCAAAGAAAAAAAUCAUAAAAAAUCUCCGAAAUACGUCGGGAGAAGCUUAGCUCAAGUGCAUGCCAAACUUGACGUUGUGAAAAGAAAAAUGGAAACUUCUGCGAACGUAAUAAAAAAAUGUUGGCAAAACGUUUUGUACGAGAGUACAUUGGAAAAGGCUGGGGUUGUUCAGGAGCAUCACCUUGAAUCUCUAAUGAGUCCAUUUACGAGACAUGAUGGUUGGCAGUCAGAGCAAGGCACCGUCGUUUUACAAUGGCUUAAUCUUAUCGCUGGUGAGGAAUUGCUGAACAGAGAAGAAGUGGUUCUCCUCAAAAAAGAUAAUGUGAUUGAUCUCAAUGGAACGAAUAAUUUCCCUUUUGAAAAGCUACCAAUGGCGAACGAAGAUUUUUCAUUCUACGUCAAUAUCAAGACCACACAAGCUGGGACCAUUUUCAGCAGCAUGCCAGGAAAUCGAAGAUGGUCGAGCGAAAGUAAGGCUCUCUGUGUUGAUCGUACUGGCUUUGUGAGGUUUAUAUCCGGAGAGGACAUCGUAGUGGAGAGUUAUUCCCGUGUAGAUGACGAUAGAUGGCAUGAAAUUGGGCUAGUUUAUUCAGGCGAGGAAAAAAGUUUGGCAAUGUACAUCGACAAGCGAAUAGAACGUGUACUAAAUCCCUUUCAACUCCAAGAAGAAAGUGAACCGUACCAGCUAAGAAUUGGCUUGGCUCCGACACACUCAAACCAUGAGAUGGUGAAUUUUGUCGGCUCGAUAACGAAUUUCAUAUAUUACUUCAGCACGAAAUAUAACGAAAUGGUCAGAGGGGACGAGCACGUGGAAUACGAGAUUGACUUCAUGCAAGACCAAAGAAAGAUUGAUGAUGGGAAUGAAACAUAUACCAAACGUGACGUUCCAAUACCAGACGAUUUCGCUGUGGUCGACACCUCCGAGCUAGCUCAGGGAUCAGGCGAAUGGCAAUUAGUGCAGGAUAAAAAGCGAGCAAGAGGUAGAAUUGCUUUUCAAAUAAAAAAAGAGCUUCAGAGCGAGGAUGUUAUGACAGACGAGGAAGAGAUGCUCGUCGUUGACUUGUGGGAGCUUCCGGUGAAUAAUCGCUGGCGUCUGUAUCGUAAAUGGGUGAGAGAAAUCAGUCAACAGCACCAAAACACGAUAGCAAGCAUUCAAGACGAGUAUGAUCGAGGAAUGAAAGAACUACAGGAGUUAUAUAACGCUCGGGAUUACGAGCUUCUCCGAGAAGCCCACGUGAUAGGAAUGACAACAACUGGUGCGGCUAAAUAUCGCAAACUUUUACAUCGUAUUAAGCCGAAGAUAACAAUCGUUGAAGAAGCUGCCGAGGUUUUGGAAUCUCACAUCGUAACAGCGUUAACGGGAGGAUGCGAACAUCUCAUUCUGAUAGGAGAUCACAAGCAAUUGAGACCAAAGCCUACUGUGUUUCAACUGGGAUUGGAUUAUCAACUUGAUAUUUCGCUUUUCGAAAGAAUGGUUGACAAUGAUAUGCCCUUUGCUUGUUUGAAAGCUCAACACAGAAUGCGUCCAGAAAUUUCAGUGAUGAUGGCUCCGAUCUACGACAACUUGAUCGACCAUGAAUCCGUUCUGAAUUUUGAAAGAAUUAAAGGGAUCAACAAGAACAUCUUCUUUGUAGAUCAUCAAUUCAAAGAGGAUGCUUUGGAUGAAAACCAAAGCCACUCGAACAUUCACGAAGCUAAAUUUAUCGGUGCUUUGUGCCAAUACCUACUUCAGCAAGGGUAUCCUCCAUCCCAAGUCACCGUGUUAACGCCCUAUAGCGGACAGUUAUUUCAACUGAAGAAGUUUGUACCUCAAAAAGAAGGGCUCAGAGUGUGCGUUGUUGACAACUUCCAAGGCGAAGAAAAUGAUAUCAUUUUGCUUUCACUGGUUCGGAGCCAGGUGAUGACGACGAAGGAGAAAAGAGAGAUUCGCAGAUUGAUCGGCUUCCUCUCGAUUGACAACCGUAUUUGCGUGUCUUUGUCGAGAGCGAAAAAAGGUUUCUUUUGCAUUGGGAAUCUAACCUUGAUGAAAGCUGCAAACGAUCUUUGGUCGGAAAUUCUUGACGACAUGGAAAGAAGGGGCUGGAUUGGGGCUUCCUUGCCAUUAGCGUGUCAGAAUCAUCCGAAAACCAUCACGCUUGUCAAAAGCGAUAUGGAUUUCAAAAAGGCUCCAAACGGUGGCUGCAGCGUUCUUUGCAGGGCAAGACUGGACUGCGGGCAUAGCUGUGAGCAAAUAUGUCAUCCAACUGAUCCUAACCACGAGGAAUACGACUGCAGAAAAUCCUGUCCAAAGAAAUGUGAGCGCGGUCAUCCGUGCGAACGUUAUUGUUAUCAGGAUUGCCAGUGUAUGGUUAAGGUCUUCAAGGUAAUCCCCAAAUGCAAUCAUUCUCUGGAGAUGCCAUGUCAUCAGGACCCCUCAACUUUUCAGUGUACCAAGCCAUGUCCUAGGCAGCUCGACUGUGGCCAUGAUUGUCCAAAAAAAUGUGGACAAGUUUGUCCAAAGAAAUGUGUAAAGUUAGUUCCCAAAACGUGGGCUCUCUGCGGCCAUACGUGUAAUACUGCCUGCUUCACAGACACUACGAAAACUGGUUGUCCCAAGCCUUGUGGAACAUUGUUGAUGUGUGAACAUGUGUGUGGAGGGACAUGUAGUAAGUGCAAACGAGGCCGACUCCAUCAACCCUGUUCUUCAAAAUGCGAUCGUCUCCUUUUUUGCGGUCACAAAUGCAGAGUAACCUGUACGAAGAACUGCCCACCGUGUCGUGAACCGUGCCAAAACACGUGUUCCCACAGCAAGUGCCAAAAAACAUGUGGAAUGCCAUGCGAAAAAUGUAACGAGCCUUGCCAGUGGAAAUGCGAGCACUUGAAAUGUACCAAAUUGUGUGGUGAGAUGUGUAACAGGUUACGUUGCAAUAAGCGUUGCAUGAAAAGCUUACAGAUGUGUGGUCAUCAGUGUGCCGGCCUGUGCGGCGAACCAUGUCCAAAUAAAUGCCUGGUUUGCAACAAAGAAGAGUUGACGGAAAUCUUCUUUGGCCACGAAGAUGAGAAAGGAGCUCGUUUCUUGCAACUUGUUGAUUGUGGUGAUAUUUUUGAGAGGAAAGGAUUGGACCAAUAUAUUGAUAAGCAGGACAAAGAGAUGAAGAGCGGUCAAUCGACAAGCAUACAAAUGAUCAAGUGCCCGAAAUGUCAAACCCCAAUACGAACAAGUUUGAGAUAUGGAAACAUCGUGAAGAAAAUCCUUCGUGAUUUUGAAGGUGUUAAGAGCACCAUAUCUCGUGAAAGUUAUUCUUCAACUCCCAUAUUUCGUCAUAAGAUGAAGAAAGAUAUCGAAUGCAUCACAGAUUUUCCCGAUGAAAUCUCGAAGAUCAGUGAGAAGUUAAAAAGCUCUGUUCUAACUGCCGAAGAACAGAACAUCAUCGAAAAUCAAGUUCAUUUCCUGACGUUCAUGAGCAAGUUGAAGGAUAUCAUAGAGCAAGCGGAAUCAAUCAAAAACAGGCUUCCUGCUCGUCGUUACCAUCGUAGACGCCUCAUCCCCGAGGCUGACACGAAUACAGAAGAAGACGAUCCAGAAGAUCCAGAGGACCCAGAAGUAGAAUCAAUGAAGUGCGAACUGAAAGAAUUGUUGGAAUGGGUGAUGAAACUCCGAUUUCGAUUUGGUGAACAAGAACUGGAAGAAUUUAACGACGAGCUUGAACGCGCUUUGCUGGUGUUUACGUACCUGACACUGAGCUUAGAAAUAAGAAAAAGCGAAAUUCGCUUAUCUGAGACGGAGACAAGAUAUUUCGAAUAUAUAAAGGCGACUCUCGAGACUGGCACCAGACUUACUGAGAAGACGAAACAGACUUGCACAAGACGUCUCAAGACUAUUACAAAAAAUAAUGCACUUGGCGUAAAGUACACAACCGUUACUGAAGAAGAAAGGAAUCUUAUUGUGAAAGCUGUAGGUCUAAGUAAAGGUCACUGGUUUAAAUGCCCAAAAGGGCACAUUUACUGUAUCGGAGAAUGUGGUGGGGCAACUGAAGAAUCGCAGUGCCCAGAGUGUCGAUCACGAAUUGGCGGAACUCAGCAUCGCCUUCUUCCUGACAACAGUUUAGCCCCAGAGAUGGACGGUGCAAGUCAUGCGGCAUGGUCUGACACAGCCAACAAUAUGGGCAAUUGGAAUCUUAAUAACUUGUGAAAGCUUUCCUUAAGAAAGUUAUUUCUCUUCAUAAAUGGAACCGACUCUCUUUCACUUCUAUAUAUUAACAUAAUAAGACAAGUUUAAAACAAAGGCGAUAAAAUGUCGCUUCCAAACUGAUUUUGCCAUCUGAAUUAAAGCCGGCCGAGGUUUUUUCGAUUCCUUCUCGAUAUAAAAUAAAUAACUGUCAGCUCCUAGAUUUAACUAAUCAGUCUAAUUUCAUUUCUCACAACAUAUGAUUAAAAAUAUCUUGCUAUAAUUUUGGCUUAACAUAUUGUUGACAUUAUCCUGACUUCAAAAUCAUAUUGCAUCGAAUAUUUACUAAUUUAGGCUUGAAAUUGUUAUUAUUUCUGAUUUUAAAUGUUGAGAUCAAAGAAUUUGGCGCUUGAACGCGAAGAUUGAAAUCCUGAUGUUAGUUGAAUGACUGUUAGUUAUGUUCUGAACUUAUUAGCUAUAAAUAAGUAAUGAUAUUUUCUAUGAUAAUUGAUAAACGUAAACUUCUAAUAACUUACUGUUAGUGCAACCGCAUAUCGGCAUAUAAUAAUAA